AUGGUCCUCGAGACUGAAGAGCGUCGUCCUAAGGACGAUAAGGACAUGCGAUUAACCUCGCUUGGGCAAAACUUAAUUGCUGAACUGCUCAACAUGGAGUCGAACGCGAAAAGGAUGGAUGAGCUUCAGAGACGGCGGUCGGGCAUUGAAAAGCUUCAGACAAAUGCAACUUCCGAACAGGCACAUCUACCCUCGUACGAUGAGGUAUCACGUAUGCUCGAUGUCAUUGGCAAAAGCUAUCACUGGCUUGCUUCUACCCUUCCGCAAACAAAUUUGGAGGUGGAGACCUUGAAAGCCAAAGUUGCGACUUUACAAGAUGAGCGAACACGAUUGCUGACUGCGUUUGACUCCUUCCGUCAAUCUGUUGAAUCAUCUAAAGAUGAUGAGAGUGAUCUUUUAAUUGCCCUGUAUUUCAUCGAUCAGCAUUUGGCUUCUGUUUGUGCCGACUGGAAGCACGAUACGGGCGUACUGUUAUUGCGAAUUGACCAACUGAAGCAGGAGAGGGAGUUUGAGCUGAGCCAACGCAAUGCAGAAAUAUCCGAACUAAAGAGAUUGCAGGUUGAAGCAGAAGAAUCGUAUCGUGACCUAAUGCGAGAGUCUCGUGACGAAGUGUCAUCUCUACAACUAGCCCGCACACAUAACGAUGAAAAAACUACUAUACGCGCAGAGAUGAAGGCAAUGGAGAAACAAUUGAUUUAUAGUGAAGAGAAAGUAACAAGAUUAGAAGCGAAUUUGCUUCAAAAAGAGGAGGACUUCGACCGGUGCCAUUCAGAGCUCAAACGAACAAAUGAGCAUCUGCAAACACAACAGGAAGCUUUUGCUACAGCAGAAACAUUAUUGCAAGAGCGAGAUACCUUGUCCGAAUCGCUGCACACAGAGAAUCAACAGCUCAAGGCGGAACUUCAGAGCCUCCGCUCUGAGCGCGAAACAUAUAUCUCCGAGAGAAGCGUACAUGACACCGCGAUUGCAGAUAUGGAGGCAAUUCUCAACGCGUUGCAGAUUCAAAUCAAAGAGUCCGACACGAAACAUCGAAGCGUCUCGGAGCAGUGGGAAGCCGAGCGUAAAUAUUUGACGUCCGCCCUCAAAACUAGUCAGGAGGAGGCUGCCCGAGUGCAAGCGGACAUGGAUGUGAAGGUUGAAAAGUUGGAAAGCGAAGUAGCAGCGUAUAUUAAGGAAAAAGAGCUAGCUGGGAGCAUGAUGGAGGCCCUUCACCUCGAAGUGGAUGGUUUACGACAAAAGAUCGAGUCACUGGAAGGAACCAUCACCGAACUCCGUGCUCUGAAUGAAGCCACCUCAGGAAAACUAGAACGUUCACGAUCGGAAUCCACACUUCGAGAAGCUACAUUGAGCACAUUACAAUCUGAUCUGGAGCAAGCUCGUAUGACAACAACAUGGCUCCAGGAAAAGAUCGUUCAUUUAGAAGCCCAAAAAGAACAAAUGGCAAAGGACAAGAUGGCAGCUGAUCAGCAGUUGAAAUCCGCUUUGGAGGCUAUGGAACACGAAAGGGACGGUCUGCGCUCACAAGCCGAAAACCUUGACGAAAGGAACAAAGAGCUACAGGCAGAAAAGGACUCUAUCAUGAACGACCUACGCGCAGCCGAACAGUGCGCGAAAAGAUCCCUGGAAGAGUUGCAGUGUGAGUACUCGCAGAUUCAGGAAACUAAAGAGCAAAUGCAAACGACGAUACGCACUCUCGAGGACACGCUUGAAGCGACACGUACAGAUAAUGCGCAGCUAGAGUCAACUAAGGAGCAACUGCAAUCGACGGUGCACACUCUCGAGAACACGCUCGAAGCAACACGUGCAGACAAUGCACAGGUUUUAAAUGAGAAACUGCAUAUCCUAAGUGAAUUGACCUCAAAGCUGGAUGCCGUCCAGACAGAGCGGGACCAAUUACACUUGGCCCUGAAAGACCUGCAAGAGAAGCUCACAGAAAGUACAGCAACCAACAAGCGUAUUGCCGAAGACUAUCAGCAUGCCCGAAGUGAAUGGACGGCAACAUUAGCCUCCACUGAGAUCGAAAGAGAUGAAAAGACACGGAUAGUGACACUGCUCGAGGAAAAAAUCAGUCAGGCUGAGGUCGAUAAGGACAACUUAAUAGCUGAGCAUCAGCAGACUGUGGGCGAACUGCGCGAAAUGGAACAGAAUCUCAAGCGCACGCUGGAAGUCACUGAGGAACGUAGAAGAGAUAUCGCCGCUGCAGCCGAGUUGCUUGAGGGACAACUGACGGAGUUUCGGAUGGGCAAAGAACAAUCUGAUAGCAGAAUUGCUCAGUUACAGGAAUCGCUUUCUGACUCAGAAAAGAAGCUGGUUAAUGUACUGUCGGAGAAGGAGAGUCUGAGUGUCCAAAACGCAUGUCUGCAGACACAAGUGAGUGUGCUGGAAGAAUCCCACGAAAAACUUGAAAAAGAGAUUAGCGAGCUUCGCGCAGCUGUCGCUCAGUGUGAAAGUCUGAUUGAAGAAUUGAGAACCCAAUUGCAGCAGAAAAAUGAUGAAAACAAGUCCCUUACCGAGGCGGUGUGUGCUGCCAAGGAAGUUGCGGAUCGUCUCAUGCAGGAGAAAAUACAUUUGCAGAAUGAGCUGGACACAGAGCAGGAUGCACAUGUCGCGGUCAUCAGCGACCUUCAAGCCACCGUCGAUACUCUGCGUGCGGAACUUCGGGACAAAGCUGACAGUUUUGAGUCUGCUAGCCGCGAGCUUGCGUUAGUACGUGUGGAGACAGAUCGAUUAGAGAAACACUUGCGGAGCACUAUCAGUGCGAAAGAGGCAGAGCUAGAAGACGUCCGAAUAGCCCUUCGAGAGAAAACGGACGACUUCAUACAGUUGCAAGCGGCUAUGGACAAAGCCCAACUCCACGCCAAUGAGUUGAAACGGACACAUGAAGACUUGCUUGUUGCAAAGGAUGACGAAUUGGAAACUCUCAAAUCACAGUGCCUGCGCUACCAAGGCGAUUUGGAUGAGAUGGCAUUGGCACUGGAUCAAGCACGAAUGCAGAAUAAUGAUGAGUUGGAAAACUUGAAGAAAAAUAUAGUUGACUUGACCAGGGAUUUAGCAGAGAAAACAAGCUUGCUAACUGACACAACGCUGGCAACAGAAGAAUUGAGGGCUCGCAUAGACACUGCGGACCUUAAAUCUCGAUCCCUUCAGGACCUUCUGCGCAAGGAAACAGAAGACAAAACAGAAGCAGAGCGGCGACUCAGGCACUCUCAGGAGGCGCUCGUAGAGAUUGAGAAUAGUCUUCGACAGGAAUGUGAGACCCUCAAGAUAAAGUUAAACGAUUUGGAAUCGACUCUCGUGAUUGUCCAGAAGGAACGGGAUCAAUUGAUAUUGGCCAGCAAAGCUGUGGAGAACGAACUAGCUGAAUCACGAGCCAUGUUGGCAUCGGAAACUAUUCAGCGACAGACUGCUGAAGACCUGUGUAUUGGUCGUGCAAAACUUUGCGAGUCGCUGGAGGACCGUAUCAAAGCGUUAGAAGGACAAUUAGAAGCACGCCACGUGCAGAGAAAAGAGAGUUCAACUCCCUCCCGACCAUUUGUAGAAUUAACUUCCGCGCCCAAACGAGCUGGUGACCAUAGUCCUUCACCAGCCAAAAGGUUACGCAUCUCACCAAGUACAACUCCAGGAAGACUUGCUAGUACGCAGGCAUCAGCAGUAACCCCGACACAGAGUGCAUCGCAUCAGACCUCGAUCAGCACGCCGGCUUCAACGGCAAGAUCCAGAUCCACCUAUCGCUUCAUCAUAUGUUUCAGCGGAUUUAAAGAGGGAACCGAAUUCAAUUCAGAGAUGAAACGAAAGCUUGUCAGCGCAAUCAAGAAGUUACCUAGCGCCUGCACUGUUGCCCCGGCGGAAUGGGACGGACGAAUUACGCACGUAAUAUCUGCGCCAGGCUCUCGUACGCUGAAAACAUUCGCAGCAGCUUUGACUGGGAAGUGGAUCAUAACAAAUCCUAAAUGGGUCUUGGAAUCUGCAAAUAAGAAAACUUGGGAGCCUGAGAAUGCGUAUGGAUUCUUGUGCACUGACCGACCUUUUGCCGGACGACGAUUCUACAUGGCACCAUCUUUUCUGGAACUGAGGAACGUCCAGAACAAACAAUUUCGUAUACCUUAUGCAAGAACCUUGUUAGAGAUUUCCGGCGGCAUCGUCGUCGAAACUUCAGAGAAUGCCGACAUUGCUUUGAUUGGGGACAAUGAUGCAACUGAUCAUGGUGUACCUACCAUGGAUUGGAAUACCUUUGCACAAAACAUACCCCAACCCUCAACGUAGUAAUCAAAUUAUCGCCUUUUUUUUGCAAAUGCGCUCACCUCAACUCUACGGAUUGGAAGUUCCUUUUGUUGUUUUGCGGGAACUCAUCCCACUUGGGGAGUUAAUCCAGAGAGUAUAUCAAAUUCACUAGGACGACUCAACGCCUCCAGCCCGUUCUAGUGUAUUUAGCAGAGAUCACAAUGUAUGAGCAUGGGUCUACAACUAGAACAGUCACUCGUUCGUUCAUCUAUCUCGGUCUAUUCGAAUAAUUUCCAGUACAAAAAGUUUCCAUCGACCAUUUGCUGACCUUUCAUUAGCUGUAUUCGCUGUUUGAACAGUGGUCCGUCCAAAC